UUUGUUCAGCAGAACUGCUCGAGGAUUCUUGCUUGCAGCAGUUUUGUUCGUGUGGCAGUGACCUAUUUUGUAAAGGCACUCGGUUUGUCAUUCGUCUACGCACCAUCCAAAGGAGAUGAUCCUCACGACCGCGUUCCUAGGAAUACUCGUUUUUCAGUUGCUAUUUUUCCAUCUGAUUUCUUUCCCAUUGUUGGCACUCCAAUCCGAAAAGGAAAGAGCGCAACUCAAACUGGGGGCUUUUCUGGCGAAAAUGGAUACUCCCAUCGUCCCCUGUAACGUAACAGGAGUCAAUUGUGGCUCCUGCAAAAAUGUAACGGACGACGGCGGUACGAUAGAAUCUCCACAUUUCCCGGAGCCAUACGAUUCGAAUUUGAAUUGCCUAUACACAAUCAAUGCGCCUUACGAGAAGAAAAUUAAAUUAUCAUUUACAGAAUUUAAAGUGGAAAAAUGCUGCGACUUUAUCACGGUAUUCGAUGAAUUGGCCAAUUUAAUCCAAUCAAGUUUAAACGGAAGCGACACACCAAUGGCAGUAACCUCUCCCUCCAAUCAGAUGACGAUCAAAUUCACAUCAAAUGUUGAUAACAUAACGAGACUUGAUCCACCAGCAGGGCCUGCUACGCGGUGGCAGGCAACGUAUACCUUUAUGUAAAUUUGAAGCAAAUGCGCCGCCUACUGAAAACGACAUUUAUCUGGAAAACAAUGAUGUGCACAAAAACAAUAACGUAAAAUUAAAAAUACAGUUUUUUUGUUUAAUUUCA